AUGGACGGUACCACGGGUGCUAUUCAGGAUCGAGUUCGCCAGCGCUAUACGGCUAAUGCUCACAGUAUGAUGUACCAAAUGAACGCUUUCUCAUCGCUCUAUCUGUUGGUUGGCUUGCUUCUCACCGGUGAAUUGCUCUCUUUCAUGGCAUUUGUGCGCAUUUAUCCGAGUGUCAUGCUACAGAUGAUCAUCUUAGCAAUUGCGAGCGCAGGAGGACAGUUCUUCAUCUUCAAGACGGUGGCCGAAUUUGGCCCAUUAACUUGUUCUAUUGUGACGACCACUCGUAAGCUGUUUACGAUGCUCGGCUCGGUCAUUCUGUUCGGCAAUACGCUCACGCAGCGGCAGUCGGUAACUUUCCCGUGGUCCUGGUCUUUGACCUCUUGGACAACUUAUCGCGUAGUGCGAAGUGAACGUGAUGUCGAUGAGAAUUGA